CGCUCGGAAAUUUCCAGUACACGGCCCGUGAGGUGCGAAGUCGUUCAGAACCAGCAUGCCGUCUGGUGGAUAGCGUCCACGGCAAUGCAAUGACUUUAUCGCCGGGCUACAGCUCCGAGGUCGUUUGUUAGAUACCCCACUAAGGCUGCCUCUGGACAUCUGGGACAGAAAUUUGUGCCAUUGAAACCCUCAGUGCCGGGAAGCCAGAAGUGUCGUACUGUGACGCAGUCAAGAUGGCACCCCCAGGCUGGACCGCUGUUCCACACGCCGACGCUCUCCCUGGCCUCACCUACACCCGUCCGUUGAGCUUGAACGAGACUGGGUACUAUUGGGACUGCCGCUUCCAAGGCACGACCGACCUCGUCUGGCAUUACAUUGUCCAAUCAGGCCCGGAACUCUUCACCAACGCCAAUGUCGCUCGAGCGUGGAUACUCCUGAAAACGAGGUACCCCCUUCUGGGUUCGAGGGUCUGCACGGACGGCGGCGACUCGCAGGAGUUUCGCUUCGAGGUCGCUCCUGAACGAUUGGCUCAAGUGCUACCAGAGGAGCUCAUCCGCAAGCCGAUCACCAAUGCCGACGAUGCCUUGGCCGUCAUUGACAAUAUCAUACACGGUGAACAGCGGAUCUUUGCGACGCUCCCCGCCCGCCUAUUCGUCCUAGAUCGAGCAGACGACGAUAGCAUUCACCAUGUUAUCAUCAAUACGACUCACUUUAUCACCGACGGCGUGUCUCAUAUCAUGCUAUGCCGUGCUUUCUUCGACAUACUGUCGAGGCCGUCGCUUGAGCCCAUCACCGACCUAGGCAAACGCCUCGCCAUGGUGGUCCCUUGCGAGGAGCUGCAUCCCGGUAGACGUCUCAGUGUGCCGACGCAGAGGUGGAGGCGAGCUAUCGGCGCCGUAAUCUAUAAUUUACGAAGAGCGAAAUUACGGGGUGGACAUACGUUGCCCGGGAAUUUCAAAGCAGAACCUACUGCACUCCCGCUGUGA